GAGCUGAGGUCUGACAGGCUAUAUAAGAGGUCGAGGCUCCGGCUGCAGGCAGAAGAGACGCAGAGAGCGACCAACGCUGACCAUCACAGCAGAAGAAGACCGCUGGACUUAACUCCACCUCCGACUCCCCACAGUGCCGCUGAACGACUUCAUAUCAAGGACAAGAAUGGGACUGCACAGUGUCGAAGAGCUGGUGUCCGGUAAGAGGUCAGAGGGCAAAGAGGCGGACGACUUUCAAGGAGGCGUGUACGAGGCAGCUGUCAAUCAAGAGAAGCAGGACGACCGCAGGUCCCACAGUGAGAUGGUGAACAGGGAUCCUUCAGAGGAGAGCGACAGCGGCAGCGAGCAGGAGGAAGUCAGCGUGGUCGCCCUCAAUACCGACAGAAGCGGCAGGCUGAAGUUGGAGACGGUCGACGACCUGUUCAACAUCCUGCAGCUGAGGAAGAGGAGACGGGAGAGGAAGGCUCCCGUUCACAAGAAAAAACAACCAGAACCAGAGACUGUGCCUGAAUAUGUGGAUGAACAGCUGUUUCUGACGGCAGCUAUGGAGAACAAGCUGCCUGUGGUGGAGAAGUACCUGACUGAUGGAGGAAACCCCAACGCAGCCGACCAUUUCCAGAGAACCGCUCUGCACAAAGCCUCGUUCAAAGGACACGUGGAGGUCAUGAAACGACUCCUGGAGGCCGGCGCUGCCAUUGACAAAAAAGACAAGCUGGAGGCCACAGCCGUUCACUGGGCCUGCAGAGGAGGCAGCCUGCCCGCCCUGCAGCUCCUCCUCGACCAGGGAGCCAAGAUCACCUACAGAGACAAGUUGCACAGCUCUCCUCUCCAUGUUGCAGUGAGGACGGGACACUGCGAGUGUGCUGAGCAUCUCAUUCACUGCGGAGCAGACGUCAACGCCAAAGACAGAGAUGGAGACACGCCCAUGCAUGAUGCUGUGAGAAUAAACAGGUUCAAGAUGAUCAAGCUGUUGAUGAUGUACGGGGCCAGUCUCAACACUAAGAACUGUGAUGGAAAAACUCCACUGGAGACGCUGUAUUCAUGGCAGAACGGAGCCAAGAGCCUCCUGUGUAACUUCAGCCAGGAAAACCCCAACCAGUAGAACCCUGCACAUUCCACCAAAAACAGGAAAUUCAACAUGGGAUUCAGCCACAGGUUCUACUGGCUUAUUCGGGAAAAGUGUUUGAAAGGGAUGUCUUUCUUUUAAUUAAUCUAAACUUGACUCAGUCGGAUCAUUUGGAUGUUGAACGCUAUCUUAAUUAAGGGAGCACCAGCCAUAACCUUAUAGCUGACCUUACCUCAUGUUACUGCUCCGGGAUCCGGGAUUUUAACUGGCAUCCUUCCGGCUCUGUUCCCUGGAGAGUCCUUGCAGUAGGAUUACACCUUUGUGUCCAGACACAGUGGAGAAGGCAGCAGGGACUCGAAGGAGCCUUUGAUCAAUAAUGUGAAUUCUGAUCAGGAUGUUGUUAAUAAUGUGAUCAUUAGCACUGAUAGAUUCAUUGAUCGCCACAUAUUGCUGGACAAUGUCUCGGCUGACAACAUGAAAAUGUCUUUUACUUAAUAUUUGAUUUAAGCUGAGUUGAAGUCAGCGAUACAACAUUGAGAAGCUUACUUAUUUAUUGAUUUAUGACAACUGUCAGCAUCUAUUUAUUGGGUUUGAUUAAUUUAUGUUAAUACCAUACACUCAAUAACCGAGUGACUGUAACUGAGUUCUACUGUAGUUGGUGUAUUGGCUUUUUAAUUUGCUAACCAGGAGACACAGCUUUAGGUUUUCAGGUACGGAUCACCUGGUUCAGUCUUUACUCACAGUCCCAUGAGAUUAACAGUUUGAACAAAUGUACAAUCAAGUUAUUUAUUGAUCUGAAAUUUUUCCGGCUCAGUGUGAGAAGCUGGAUCAAGGGAGAGACUAUUCCUCCCCUGGCUGAGAGACGAUGUGUGCGGUUAUACUUAAACAUUCAGAUGAGUUUAGUUACUCGGUCUUACGUAUUUUAAGAUUGAGAGAUGAGACAGGACGAAGUAAGUUUAUGGAACAGGCUGAGAAGAAACUCUACACUUGCAUUUACGUUGAUGUCAGUGAUUCAUGCAUCAUUCAUUCAUGCAAAUUGGACUACGUUUGAACUUGUCUCCUCCUGCAGGGAGAAACUUACACAAGUCUACGACCUGCAUAUUUACCUCAAACCUCCAGCACUGAUUAAAGCCUCGGUUUGUAGGUGAAGUCCAGACAACCUUCAGACAAAGUUCUUGUUAAUACUUAUCAGUGGUCACCUCACUGACAGACAGAGAGCAUCUACCCAGGCUCUGCCACACAGUGACCUUGACAUUUCAGCUGCUGUUCCCUUUUGUUUUGUUGCAGUGAAGAUAUUUGGGGAAACUUCUCACCAGAGUUCUGGAGUGAAAGAGAAAGAAUUGUAAGAAGUCAGUUGGUUCAGAGGAUGUUCAUGUGGAUAAAAAGAGGUCUUGAUAUUUGAAUGGUUGUCAGAUUUAUUUUGUAUUGUUAAAGAUGUACAUGUUGCCUUGUAUUUAUGGACUGAUUGCAUAAAAAAAUAUUUUAAAUGUAUGCUUUUUUUAUUGAACGAGAGCACUGAUACACAGACAUGGAAACACUGACACAGCCAAACAUGGCAACCAACAAAGGUAUUCUCUUACUCACUGAGCCUGAGAAUACCUCAGUGCAAACACAGUUCAACCUUUGCAUUGUGUUCUUUUUAUUAAAAACUUACAUGUUAAGAAA